UCCCGCUCCUCCAGCUCCUCCAGCUCCUCCAGCUCCUCCAGCUCCUCAACGAACAUGCUCCUUCGCAACAUUGGGCGUCUCGCCCUGGCCGCGGCCGCAAGCCUAUUACCCUCCGUCCUGGCCAAAGACAAAAACGAAGGUAGCCAGUCGACCUUCGUCUCCUCCGAUGGCAACGUCGCAUUCGCCAUUACCGUCGGCGAAAACCACGGCACCGAUGUCUACUUCAGUAUCCGCACUAGCCAGCACAUCUCCUGGGCCGCUGUUGGCCUGGGUAGCGACGACAUGCCCGGCGCCCUGUACCUGGUCAUAUAUAGAAACGAGCGCACCACCGGCGUCACCUUCUCCCCACGCCUCGCCUACGGUCACUACGAACCCAAGUACUUUGACGAGAUGGAAUACGAACUGCUCAACGGCACUGGCCUCGACAAUGGGUACAUGACAGUCACCGUAAAAUGCUCCAAGCACUGUCGCAGCUGGCCAGCUGGCGGCACGUCCAGUGGGUAUAUGGAUGUCUCGUCGUCCAACGUAAAGGCCAUUUACGCCUAUGGCCCCAAGGAGGGCUUCAACAGUGACAGGAUGGAUGCCCCGCUCAAGUACCACCAGGGAUACGGCACCUUCACCAUCGACCUGAAGCGGACCGAGGGCUCUGACACUCCCGUCCUGACCAAGGACUCCAAGACCGUCGGCGCAGAGCAACUCAGCUUCACCAAGGCCGCACCCAACUGGAAGACGCCUCUGCACGGCAUCACCAUGAUUCUGUGCAUCGCCAUUGCCAUGCCCCUUGGCGUGGCCCUUCUUCGGAACGGAACCUCAUGGAAGUGGCAUGCUCUGAACCAGACGGUUGCCAUGGUUGGUGCCUUCGCGUCGACCGCAUUGGGCAUCGUCAACAGCUUCUACUACCAACGGUCUCGUAGCUUCGACUCUUCCCACCAGAUCAUUGGGUUUGUCGUCAUUGCUUUGCUGCUUGCACAAUUCGGUCUAGGCUUCUUCCAUCAUACCCAAUACAAAAAGACCCAGGCCCCUACCCAGUAUGGCAGAAUCCACAUUUGGGUUGGGCGCAUCAUUAUCUUCGUCGGCACAAUGAAUUGCUUCAUUGGCUUCACCUUUGCCGUGAACCGCAAAUAUGGCAUGAUCCUUGCCGCCAUUGUCAUCUUCAUGUUCUUCCUCUCCCUUGUCUUUUUGUUUGGUCAAAAAUUUGUCGACAGCAAGAAGCGAGGCCCGAAGCGCAUGCCUCCCGCAUAUGGCUACAACCCAGAGCCCUGGCGACAACAGCCUGCUCCUGCGCAACACUCAGAAUACAUGUCCGAUCCUCCGCCAAGCUACGAUGCCUCAUCGGCUCAUAUUGGACUCCGCUCUGUGUCUCCCACGACGCCCUGGCGGCAGUCUGGUCGCAAAGACGACGACGUGGACCUCGACUUGGGGAGCCAGGCACGGCCGAGGGAGUUUACUUAAAUUGGUUCACUCUUAAGUAGAGACCUGGCGUUCAGCGGUUAUUGGGGAGGUGUAUUCGCGGCCAGUGGUUCCAAUGGAACGCCGUCGAGCACGUGUGUACCAACAAGGCGAUUAGGAUCAAGGCUACCUAUUCGUUUCGGCGUUGUGGCUAAAUAAUAUGAUUUUAUGAGAAGAGCAAGUAAUGAGAUAAUAGGCGGGUUUGACUAUGCGGCAUACGUAGUGAAAUCUGCAACCCGAGUUCCAAUUAGCCAGCAAAAGACCCUAAGUGACAACCAGUCCUAGAGGAGGAGAUCCAUGCACAGCACUAGAUGGCUGGGUGAAGAUUGGGAUAAGAAGAGGGCGGAGGAUGGAUUGAUUUUAACAUCCAAUAAACUUAAUCACAAUAUUUUUC